CCGGCAGAUCGCCUGAUGCCAUGACCGAGGACGCAUCCCUCCGCUGAGAGAAAGAUGCGCUGCCGUGUGAGACCUGGUGGGAAUGGACUGAAAGGGGCUUUCAAGGGACUCACCUGUGGAAUAGUGCGCUCACGAUGCCUUAUUUGAUCAAACCACUGAUUUUGCUUCUGUGUCUGGUCGUUACCGGGGAGUGCCGUAAGCACGGCCACCGUGUGCGGAGAUGGACCGGCACCGUGGAGACCCAAAAGCACGGAACCUCCUUGACAAAGAAGCCUCCGGACGUGACCAAGUCUCGCAAACCCAAGACAGAGCAUCUUCUCAAAGUAGAUGAUCAUGAUUUCACCAUGAGGCCAGCAUUUGGAGGCCCCGCAAUUCCUGUUGGAGUGGAUGUACAGGUGGAGAGCUUGGACAGCAUCUCUGAAGUUGACAUGGACUUCACCAUGACUCUGUACCUGAGGCAUUACUGGAAGGACGAGCGCCUCACCUUCACCAGCAGCACCAACAAGAGUAUGACAUUUGACGGGCGUUUGGUGAAGAAGAUCUGGGUUCCUGAUGUCUUCUUCGUCCAUUCCAAGAGGUCCUUCAUCCAUGACACCACCACCGACAACAUCAUGCUGCGCGUCUUUCCUGACGGACACGUCCUCUACAGUCUGAGGGUGACCGUGACAGCAGCCUGUAACAUGGACUUCAGCCGCUUUCCUCUGGACUCCCAGACCUGCUCCCUGGAGCUAGAGAGCUAUGCCUACACGGAUGAAGACCUGAUGCUGUACUGGAAGAGUGGGGAUGAAUCCCUGAGUACUGAUGAUCGCAUUUCCUUGUCCCAGUUCCUCAUCCAGAAGUUCCACACCACGUCUCGGCUGGCCUUCUACAGCAGUACAGGCUGGUACAACCGUCUGUACAUCAACUUCACGCUGCGACGCCACAUCUUCUUCUUUCUGCUGCAGACCUACUUCCCCGCCACCCUCAUGGUGAUGCUGUCAUGGGUGUCGUUCUGGAUCGACCGCAGGGCUGUGCCGGCCCGAGUCUCUCUGGGCAUCACCACAGUGCUGACAAUGUCCACCAUCAUCACUGGUGUGAACGCCUCCAUGCCCAGGGUGUCCUAUAUCAAAGCCGUGGACAUUUACCUAUGGGUCAGCUUUGUGUUUGUCUUCUUGUCGGUGUUGGAGUAUGCUGCAGUCAACUACCUAUCCACUGUCCAGGACCGCCGAGAGCGCAAGAUGAGAGAGCGUGCAAGAUCACAGUCACUCCCCUGUACCUGCGGCAUUUCCCAGACUCGAACCAUGACCAUGCUGGAUGGCACCUACAGCGAGGCUGACACCAACAGCCUGGCCGGCUACACCGAAGAGCCCAUGGUGCCUGAGGAGGAGCAGGAGGAGAUGCAUGGAGUUCCAGAGAAACCUGAGCACAUGGUGGUGCAUCUGUCAGUAAGCAGCGAGUCCACCGCCACUAAGAAAAAGAAGAGCCUACGUGCUCUAAACAUCAUUCAGAAUACGCAUGCCAUUGAUAAAUACUCCCGGAUGAUUUUCCCUGGUUCGUACAUCUUCUUCAAUCUAAUCUACUGGUCUGUCUACUGCUGAGAGGGACUCCUAAAUCAGAGCCAAGGCCAGAGAGAAUAAUACAGACAAUAUGAAUGCUGCAUUCAAAUGUUACACCUUUGGACAUCUACUGUACAUUUUAGAGAGAGCUGAUAAAUGUCUGGUGCUGAUAGAUAAUUAGGUUCAAGGCCUUGGAGAAUA